GAUAAAUCUAAAUUAGACACAAUUUUGGUGAUUUAGUAAAAUAGUCAUCAACAAAAAUCUUUUUUUUAAUCCAAUAUUAUCAUGAAUAUUUAACAUUAACUUUCGAUUCAUUAUAUUUUGCUGUCUAAAGUCACAAUCAUACAAAUAUGUAGAUUAUAAUACCCAAUUUAAAUCAGUCGCUGUGCUAAGUCAUCAAGCAUAAGAUAAGCUGCACGUCAUCACAUAACCUGAAUUAUACUGUAAUAUUUGCAAAGUAAUUAUUGAAGUAAACUUAGAUAAUGGUAAAUAAACAGAAAUCACUGAUUAUAACAAAUAUUGAGAAUGGAAUGCAACAAAUUGUUUUCAAUAGGCCAGAAAAAAAAAAUGCUUUCAUAAGUCAAAUGUAUAAAGAUAUCAUAAAAAUAUUAAAUGAAUCUGCAAACAAUGAUGCUGUUACUACAGUUGUGAUAACAGGUAAUGGAGAUUUUUAUAGCAGCGGCAAUGAUUUUCUCAGCUAUACUAAAAAUAAAAAUAUUAAUGCAGACAAUGAAAUAAAUAUAAUCCAACAAUUUGUUGAAUCACUUAUAUUGUAUCCAAAACUUUUAAUUGCUGUUGUUAAUGGACCAGCUAUCGGAAUUGCAGCUACUACUUUAGCACUUUUUGAUAUUGUGUAUGCAACAAAUACAGCUUAUUUUAUGACUCCAUUUUGUAAAUUAGGAUUAUCCCCAGAGGGUUGCUCAACAUAUACAUUCCCAAGAAUUUUUGGACCAUCUAAGGCAGGAGAAAUAUUGUAUUUUGGAGAAAAAUUAAGUGCAAAAGAAGCGUUACGAUUUGGAUUUGUUUCUAAAAUUUACAAAUCAAACACAGCAAAUGAAAUAUGGACAUAUUUAAAGAAUAUUUCUUCAUUUUCUAAAGAGAGUUUAAUAAUAACAAAACGACUACUUACUCAAUGGAAUAAAAAUCCACUUAUAGAAGUAAACAAGCAAGAGCUAAUUGAACUCAAACAAUUAUUUAAUAAUCCAAAUUCCAUUGAUCAUGUUAUGAAGUAUAUAAUAAAAAAAAGUAAAUUGUAA